CUCUCACUCUCACUCGUUGUAUUAGUGACGUUGGCGGGCCUCUUCUGACAGUUGUGUUCCUACCAUCCUCGUGUGACCAUCAUACUGUGCUACCUGCCCCGCCUGUUGUACCUGUACCGACACAAUACCUACUUACAGACUCGAACGAAAACCUGGACCAAUACAAGAUGAAGGUGAUGUUGGUGGCAGCAGUGGUGGCGGGGUGGGUGUGUGGGGGAUGGUCCAUGACGGUGAUGAAGGGCGAGGGGGCGGCCCUGCCUGAUGAGCUGAAGCCCAUCGUUGAGGGAGGGUCGUUCUUCGACGACAUGGCCAUCAAGAGACUUAGACAGAAGCACAAGGAACUCAAGGAGAUUGGUCAACUCCACCCCCACGAACACGUUGCUGACCCGGAGGAGCAGUUCAUCAUGGCCCGCCUGAGGGACCCAGACUUCACCCUGGUGGAGCUGGACCAGAGCGAAGAGGACGUUCCCUCCAGGCCAUCUUCCAGAGUACAGAGCACCCGCGAGGUCAUGAGGAGUUUUCUGCGACACCACACCCACCACGACGACUCCGAGAGCGAGGACCUGGACAACAGUCGCCCCAGGACUAGCGUCACCACCUCCAGGGAAUUCAUGGAUGUGUAUAAGAAGGAGCUGGAAAAAUUCUUCAACAACUUCAUGAGUUCCAUGUUACAGGCUGAGAUUGGCGGAGUGAGCAUCGAGAACCGCAGCGAGGAGGAGAGGAGGGAGCCGCAUGAGGUAUUCCCUGUAGAUACAUCAGGGGAUCGCUCCAAUACUGUUCUAACACCUUAACGUGCUGCAUCACCCCCCAGGUCACUUCAACAGUACUCACCAUCUAUAGACUAGUUCACAUACACUGAAUGAUAGCACUUUAGGUUAUUGAUUGUCCGAUCAUUGUAUGCUUUCUACUUUGUGUCUUUCCUACAGUGUUAGAACCACUGCCCAGACCCGUCUGUGUGUCUUUCACCAAGUAUCAAUACUGAACACUGGGUUGUACUGAGGCUCCCUACAGAUCUCUAGGAUGAUUGUCGACACACACUGGGUAAAUGUAUACAAUGCAAAACUUCACUGCAUAAGUAUCACAUUUACUACCUUGUCUGUUAAUUCUUUAACUCAUCAAAUUAAUAAUUGUCUGAUAAGUAUAAAUAUAGAUGCUGCAUCAAUAUUAUGUAGUUAAUUGUGUUGUGAUGAACACUCAAGGUUACUGUAUUGACUGUGGUUUGUGACAUCUGUUUCUGUAUUCUCUUCUUAAUUACUCACGUACAUAAAGCAUUUACAAUAUUUAUGAAGUUCAUACAUAUUUAUUUCCACAGCUCUCUCAGUCUCCUCACCCAUUUGUUUAGUAGGUAUCUGUGUUCAUGUUUGUUUAGCCACGAGGAACUUUAUACUGUACUUCACAGAAUCGAUCUUUAGUUUAGUUAUCAAGCACUGCCAUUGAUAUUAAUCAAUAAAUUACUAUAGAAGGAUAA